GUUCAUCAUCCAUCAUAAAAGAUCUCUGUUUUCCGGUUUGGUUCUUCUUCCUUCAUAAACCAGCUCUUAGGGCUUUUGAUUUUUCAUUCUUCGAGUUUAAUUGGAAGUUCCUUGUCUGGACAUCCAUAACACCAUGGCGGCGUCCUCCUCCUCCGAUCUCCCACCGCAACACCAAGUGUUCAUCAAUUUUCGUGGAGAAGAUCUGCGUCUCGGAUUCAUCAGCCAUCUUGUCGAGGCCUUAGAAAAUGAUAACAUCAACGUCUUCAUCGACAACUACGCAGACAAAGGCGAACCUUUAGAGACACUAUUAACGAAGAUACAGGAGUCUCGAAUCGCUCUAGCUAUCUUCUCCGGUAAGUACACCGAAUCAACAUGGUGCUUGAGAGAGCUUGCGAUGAUUAAAGAUUGUGUGGAGAAAGGUAAACUAGUUGCUAUUCCAAUCUUCUAUAAGUUGGAUCCUUCCACUGUUAGAGGCGUAAGGGGACAGUUCGGUGAUGCAUUUAGGGAUCUUGAGGAACCUGAUUUGACUCAGAAGAAAGAGUGGAAAAAAGCUUUGAAGUGGAUUCCUGACUUGAUUGGUAUCACUGUGCACGAGAAAAGUCCUGAGAGCGAAAUACUCAACGAAAUCGUCAAGGAGGUUAAGAAAGCGUUGAAGAAAGUUUCUUUGGAGGGAACUCUAAAGGCUUCUGUUGAUCCAUUAGAAAGUAUCUAUACUCGAACUUCUUCUGGAGGUGAAAAGGAUAAGACUUUUGGAAUCAAAGAACGCAUCAAGGAGUUGGAAGAUAAGUUGGAUCUUGUUAAAUACAAAGGAACUCGUGUCAUUGGAGUUGUUGGGAUGCCUGGGAUUGGUAAAACCACACUGCUGAAAGAGUUCACUGAGACGUGGAAGGGCAAGUUUUUUAGGCAUGCGUUAAUCGAUCAAAUCCGUGAAAAGGCAAAUAAUUUCAGGUUAGAGUGCUUGCCUACAUUGCUUUUAGAAAAGAUACUGCCGGAGUUGAAUAAUCCCCAAAUAGAUAGUAUCGAAGAACCAUACAAAACUCAUAAGGGUCUGUUGCGUGAACGCAAGGUUCUUGUUGUUCUUGAUGAUGUUAGUGGAAGGGAACAAAUUUAUGCUCUUCUUGGGAAAUAUGAUCUUCACAAUAAACAUGAGUGGAUCAAAGAUGGCAGCAGGAUUGUCAUUGCAACAAACGACAUGUCCUUAUUAAAGGGUCUGGUUCAUGACACUUACGUGGUCCGGCAAUUAAACCACAGAGACAGCUUACAACUUUUUCGCCAUCAUGCCUUUCAUUAUGAUCAAGCUAUUCCUUCAAAGAUGGAUUUCAUGAAGCUUUCUGACGAGUUUGUGCAUUAUACCAGAGGCCAUCCACUAGCUCUCAAAAUAUUGGGUAGAGAACUUUAUGAGAAAAAUAUUAAGCAUUGGGAAACAAAACUGAAGAUUCUCGCUCAAAGUCCUACUACUUAUAUUGGAGAGGUCGUGCAAGUAAGCUAUGAUGAAUUGAGUUCGGCGCAAAAAGAUGUAUUUCUCGACCUAGCCUGUUUUAGAUCGCAGGAUGUAGAUUAUGUGGAAAGUUUACUGGCUUCUUCUGAUCCCGAAUCUACAGAAGUGAUAAAACCUCUUAAGAAUAAGUUCCUGAUUGAUACUUAUGACGGCCGUGUGGAGAUGCAUGAUCUCCUGUAUACAUUUUCUAGGGAACUUGAUCUUAAAUCAUCCACUCACGGUGGUAGCAAACAGCGGAGAGUGUGGCAACAUCAAGACAUAAUCAAUGUACAGCAAAAGACAAUGGGAGCUACUGAUGUCAGAGGUAUUUUCUUAGAUUUGUAUGAAAUGAAGGGUGAAACAAGCUUAGACCCUGAACACUUCAAAAAUAUGUGCAAUCUCCGGUAUCUCAAGUUGUACAAUUCACAUUGUCCUCAUGAAUGUGAAACUAACAAUAAGGUAAACCUCCCUGAUGGACUUAAGCUACCAUUGAAAGAGGUCCGAUGCCUCCACUGGCUGAAAUUCCCAUUGGAUGAACUUCCAAACGAUUUCGACCCAAUUAAUCUCGUUGACCUUAAGCUGCCAUACAGUGAGAUUGAACGCCUUUGGGAAGGUUUUAAGGAUACACCAGUCUUAAAAUGGGUCGAUCUCAAUCACUCAAGUAAGUUGUGCAGCGUGUCAGGAUUAUCAAAGGCUCGAAAUCUUCAAAGACUGAACCUUGAAGGGUGCACAAGCCUUGAAUCUCUUCAACAUGUGAAUUUGAUAUCUUUGAAAACUCUCACCCUCAGUAACUGCUCAAACUUCAAGGAAUUUCCGUUGAUUCCAGAAAAUCUAGAAGCUUUAUACUUGGAUGGAACAGCGAUAAGUCAACUUCCUGACAACGUGGUGAACCUGAAGAGACUUGUCUUAUUGUAUAUGAAGGACUGCAGAUUGCUGGAAAAUAUCCCGACCGGUGUUGGUGAUCUGAAAAGUCUUCAAAAACUGGUACUCUCUGGUUGUUUAAAGCUCCAUGAGUUACCAGAAAUGAAAAAGAGCAGUUUAAAAAUUUUACUCCUGGAUGGGACAUCCAUAAAAUCGAUGCCGCUGUUACCCUCAGUGCAAUGUUUAUGUUUAAGCAGAAAUGAUCAGAUUAGCUACAUUCCAGCUCGGAUAAAUCAAGUUUCUCAAUUAACAAGGCUGGAUUUGAAGUAUUGUACGAAGCUUACAUCUGUUCCAGAGUUGCCACCAACUCUCCAAUACUUAGAUGCACAUGGCUGUAGCUCACUGAAGAAUGUUGCAAAACCUCUGGUCCGUGUCAUGUUAACUGUGCAGAACCAUUGCACUUUCAAUUUUACAAACUGUGGUAACCUAGAUCAGGCUGCAAAGGAGGAAAUCCAAUCAUAUGCUCAAAGGAAAUGUCAGUUGCUGUCAGAUGCUCGUAGACACUACAAUGGGGGUCGUAGUUCAGAAGCUUUGUUUAGCACUUGCUUUCCUGGAUGUGAGGUGCCUUCGUGGUUUGGUCAUGAAGCAGUUGGAUCUCUGUUGCAACGAAAACUUCUCCCACAUUGGCAUGUCAAGAGGCUUUCUGGAAUAGCUCUUUGUGCUGUAGUCUCAUUUCUUGACAGAAAAUAUGAUAUCAGUUGCUUCUCGGUGACAUGCACCUUUAAAAUAAAAGUUGAAGGCAAGUCUUGGGUCCCCUUUACAUGCCCCAUAGGAGUUUGGACUAGAGAGGGAGACAAGAAUGACAAGAUUGAGUCAGACCAUGUUUUUAUAUCCUACAUUAGCUGCCCACAUACAAUAAGGUGUCUCGAAGACGAGAACUCUGAUAAAUGCAAAUUUAGUGAAGUCUCCCUUGAGUUUACUGUGACAGGAAGUACAACUCGGAUAGGAAUAUUCAAGGUGUUGAAGUGUGGUUUGAAUUUGGUCUAUGAAAAUGAUAAAAACAAAAACAGCUCACAUGUGGAAAAAUACGAUGUUCCUGUUAAAGCAAGCUUUGAAGAACCAGAACACGGGAUAAUGGAGGAGGAAAGAAAUAUAAACAAAACAAGAAGUGAUGAUAGGCGGGCAAAAAAGAAGCGGAAAACAAGAAGGGAUGAUAUUAUGAUAAUAUCCACUGUCACUCAAACUUGUGUCUCAAGUGUAACUCCAAGAAUGGAAGAUAAACUCAUUGGUUAGACAAAUAGUUGAAAAGUCUCGAAGCUCCAACAAGUAAUGGUGGGAUGAAUAUGUUUCAGGUGAACCACAUUCUUAAACAGCACUCCAACAAGUAAUUGAGAAGCUCGUGUAUUGAUUGUGGUUCAUGCGAGUGUAUCUAGGAUGUGAAUCAUAAAGAUAAAGCAUCUGCUUCAACCAAAAUCCUCUCUUUUACCAUCAAGCCAAAGGAUUGGAUAGAGUGAUUUGUUUACCAAAGCUUCUCCUUUUUCAUCACUUUCAAUGGUUCAUGGGGCAUCCUGUCAAGUUACACCGCAGAAAGCCCUGCAAUAGGUGUUUGAAGUCUAGGUGGAGUGUCACGUUUCAACCCUGAAGCUGUUGUUCCAGGAACCUUGACAAGAAAGAUGCUGCACUUUUUUUCAAGCUGAAACCUGAUUACAGAAAAGGCCCUACUUCAAUAUUCACAUGAUUUUACUCUAUGUUUGCCCAAAGAAAAAAACAAAGAAGAAGACGCAGCAUAGAAUAUCAUCAAGGUGUUAUAUGAUAAGGAUUAGGAUGAUAUUUUUUCUAAUACUUUUGUUGAAAAUACUUUUUAAAACUUGUUCCGCAGUCCAGCCUUGUUUGGAGGUAUAGAUGCAGCAAGCUCAGCAAAUAGCUUAAGAUUGAUAGAAAUCAACUAGAGCCUAUUGGCUGGUUAUUAGUCUCUAGUUUUCUUGGUCUUGGGUUUGAUCUAUGGCAGACUGGAGAUUUAUGCUUGAUUGGAAACUGUAUGUGUAUGGAUACUUUUCUCGCUGUCCAAGCAGCGUUUUGAAAAAGAAUCCUGCCUACCUUUCUGUUA